UGCUCUACCGAAUAGCUAGCUAGCUAGCUAGCUAUGUGUGUUCGCGUUUAGCUAGCUAGCCGGCUAACUGAGGAGAGAGUCGCCGUUGAUUUGGAAUUGAACUGACAUCAGCCCGGAGGAGUGAGGAUUUGUCGUGUCGGAAAUUUUGGAGGGCUCCUUUACGGGAGAGGAAGAAGCCGGAUCCUACUUCGCUCCAUGGGUUAUGGGACUUUAAAUGAAGAUCGCACCAACGAAAAUCCACACCAAUGAUUGUCCUGGCUAUAGACAAACUAGACGACCCACCAGUGAGAGUCUCUGUUGUAAAGGAAGGGGUAUUACCACCCGAAAACCACUUGCAAGUUGGUCUAGUGGGUUGUGGUUUGCUGCUGGACUCUCCUCCCAGGAUGAUAUGAGAUUUAGCCGGCGACGAUGCAUACAGGAGGAGAGAUUUCAGCAUGCAAACCUUCGUCUGUCCGGCUCGCGCCCUCCUUUUCGUUCCACGCUGCUGGGCUACAGGUGGCUCCACAGGGGCCGCCCUCGCACCAGCAGUACAGUGACCGUCACCAGCAGCCCAGCGAGCAGCCUGUCACCGUGCUGUCGUACAGCGAGCAGGCCCAGCAGCCCACUGCCAGCCAGGGAAUCCCCGAUGUUGUCAUGUUGCAGAGGCUCAUGCCUCAGUGCUUUCGUGACCCCACCACAGCUCCUCUGAGGAAGCUCUCUAUUGACCUGAUCAAAACCUACAAACACAUCAAUGAGGUAUACUAUGCAAAAAAGAAACGGCGACACCAACAAGGCCAGGGUGAAGACUCCAGUCACAAGAAGGAGAGGAAGGUCUACAACGACGGCUACGACGACGACAACUACGACUACGUGGUGAAGAACGGAGAGAAAUGGAUGGACCGAUACGAAAUCGACUCCUUGAUAGGCAAAGGCUCGUUUGGACAGGUUGUAAAAGCAUACGACCGCAUGGAGCAAGAGUGGGUGGCAAUUAAGAUCAUCAAGAACAAGAAGGCUUUUCUCAAUCAAGCACAGAUUGAAGUGCGUCUCCUCGAGCUCAUGAACAAACAUGACACAGAGAUGAAGUACUACAUAGUUCACCUGAAGCGUCACUUCAUGUUCCGGAACCACCUCUGCCUGGUGUUCGAGAUGCUGUCAUACAACCUGUACGACCUGCUGCGGAACACCAACUUCCGGGGCGUGUCGCUCAACCUGACCCGCAAGUUCGCCCAGCAGAUGUGCACGGCGCUGCUCUUCCUGGCCACGCCCGAGCUCAGCAUCAUCCACUGCGACCUGAAGCCCGAGAAUAUCCUGCUGUGCAACCCCAAGCGCAGCGCCAUCAAGAUCGUCGACUUCGGCAGCUCCUGCCAGCUGGGUCAGAGGAUAUACCAGUACAUUCAGAGUCGAUUCUACCGCUCCCCUGAAGUUCUGCUGGGAAUGCCCUAUGACCUGGCCAUAGACAUGUGGUCUCUGGGCUGCAUUCUGGUGGAGAUGCAUACAGGAGAGCCCCUCUUUAGCGGGGCCAACGAGGUGGAUCAGAUGAAUAAAAUAGUUGAAGUUCUCGGUAUCCCGCCCAGUCACAUAAUGGAGCUGGCGCCCAAAGCCAGGAAGUUCUUCGAGAGAUUGUCAGAUGGCACGUGGGGGGUAAAGAAGACCAAAGAUGGCAAGAGGUAUAAGCCUCCGGCUUCGCGCAAGCUGCACAGCGUGCUGGGCGUGGAGGUGGGGGGCCCCGGGGGCCGCCGGGCGGGGGAAUCCGGCCACGCCGUAGCCGACUACUUGAAGUUCAAGGACCUCAUCUUAAGAAUGCUGGACUACGACCCCAAGACCCGAAUCCAGCCCUACUACGCCCUGCAGCACAGCUUCUUCAAGAAGACGGCGGACGAGGGAACCAACACGAGCAGCAGCGUGUCCACGAGCCCGGCGCUCGAGCAGUCGCAGUCAUCAGGAACCACGUCCAGCACCUCCUCCAGUUCAGGGGGUUCCUCUGGAAUGAGCACGGGGGGCCGAGCCCGGUCGGACCCGACCCAUCAGCACCGGCACAGCGGGGGCCACUUCAGCGCCGCCGUGCCGGCCAUGGAGUGCGAGAACCUGUGCCCCCAGGCGCGACAGCCGUACCCGCCGCCCGUGGUGUGGACAGGUGGCGUCGGAUCGGAGCCGGUUGCCGUGGAGACCCACCCAGUGCAGGAGACCACCUUCCACGUGCCUCCCCAGCAGCCCAAGGCGCUGCACCCCCACCACCCGCACGGGCAGGGCGUGGCCGUCAGGCCCCGCCCCCGGCUCUACACCUCGCCUACCAGCAGCGCCUCCACCCAGGACUCCAUGGAGGUGGUGCACGGGCACCUGUCCAUGACCUCGCUGUCUUCCUCGGCCUCCUCGUCCUCCACGUCGUCCUCUUCCACUGGGAACCAAGGCAACCAGGCCUACCAGAGCCGCCCGCUCGCCGCCAACGCCUUGGACUUCGGCCAGAGCGGCAGCAUGGCCAUGGGGCUGGGCGCCUUCUCCAACCCCCGCCAAGAGACUGGCAUGGCGGGACACCCCACGUACCCCAUGGCCGCCAGCUCGGGGCCUGCUCACUACAUAACGGAGGCCCACCUGGGCCGGAGGCAGGGCAUGGACAGGGAGGACUCUCCCAUGGCUGGGGUCUGCGUUCAGCAGAGCUCCGUGGCCAGCUCGUGACUCGGCUCGCAAUGGGGUUUGUCCUUUUUUUUCCCUGUGUCUAUUUUUUAAGGUGGUGUUUUUCAAAGAGAAGUGCAUAGAGUGCAACCUGCUUACAUCAGAAGGGAGAUAUCACUGAACCGCUACUGUAGUCCAGAGCCCAUUUUGGUUUCUUUUUUUCACUUUAUUUAUACCGUCUUUUUUUUGUUUUCUUCCUUUUUUAUCAAUAAUAAGCCGAUUAGUAGAGCUGCUAAGUAAGUCCAUCAGAACAGUGCUGACACGUCCAUCCAGCAUUUCCCAUGUUGCGUUUUCAGCAUUUCGUACAUGCCAGAAUGGGGUCCAUCGUGCUGUUAGCGGUGAGCGUUCAGUGUCAAUGCUACCUGUGGGUUAGGCAGAAUGUUGAAAGCUGUUUUUUCCACUGGUUGUUACUGGUAACCAAACGCUGUUACAUCCUUACAGUUGAAGCGGUUAAGUUCACAUGACAUUUGGGUUGCACCCGGCGGUUUAACUUUAACGCCACGCUGCCACGCGGAGCAGGCCGUGGC